GCUUGCGACACUAUUCUGAUUGUAUUACUCGUGAAGAAUCAAACUACACUGUACGAGAAGCAAAUUAUCAUCUUUCGUCUCGUCAAGUUCAUCUGAUACUUUGAAACCUGAAGCAUUUUGUGAGCAUGAUCGCCAAGAUCUUUUUACUGGCUUUUGUGGGCUGCGUGGCUAUCGGCGAGGGCAACGCUCAAGGGUCGACAUACUAUCCGGACGAUUAUAACCGUGAGCCCUACCGAAAUGUCGCCCCUAUGGACAACGCUCAACGGUCAAACUACUAUCCGGAUAACGCUCAACGGUCAAACUACUAUCCGAUCAGAACUCAAGGGCUGUCCUAUUAUCCGGAUAACACUCAACGGCCAAACUACUAUCCGAUCAGACCUCAACAGCUAAACUACUAUCCGGACAACGCUCAAUGGCCAAACUCCUAUCCGAUCAGAUCUCAACGGCUAAACUACUAUCCGGACAACGCUCAAUGGCCAAACUCCUAUCCGGACAACGCUCAAUGGCCAAACUCCUAUCCGGACAACGCUCAAUGGCCAAACUCCUAUCCGGGCAACCCUCAAAGGCCGAAAUACAAUCCGUGGCAAGAUGGCCUUAACAACGUGCAGCGUGGUAUUUCAAAUGUCCGUGAAGAAUUCACCAAUCAGGCAGCAGAUUUUCAAAAUACGGUUGCCAAAGGAUCGACGGACUUAGGUACCGCAAUUACUAAUCUCAAAAGAGAAAAAAUUCAUCAAGCCGGAAACUUUUUAAACGAGCUUGUCGGAGGUGGAUUGCAAACGGCGGAUAGCUUGGCGGGAGUGGUUACAGAAGGGGUUCGGGCUGGUGGUAAUACGCUUACACAGGCUACUAAGACUGGAUUGGGCAUAGUUGAUGAAACGAUCAAAACGGGUACUCAAGGAAUUGAGAGCACGGGAAAUGUUGCUACAAGCUUGGCAGAAAAUGUGGGUCAAACAGGAACUGGAUUAGGAAAAGUGGUUAGAGGCGGUGUGAAGCGGAUUGAAAACGUCGCUGAAAACGUUAUGGAUCGUGGUUUCGGAUUAUUAAAUGGAAUACUUGCACAGGGAGAAAAGAUUCUUACCCCGACUAAAAGCCCACUCGGAGAGAGAGGAAAUCCACCCAAUAACUACAGGCCAACGAUAAAUAAUCAGGGUACCAAUGACGAUGGUUCAUUCGGUCUUGAUGAAUACAAAUGGAACGACAACCUGGCGUGAGCUAGACGAUCGCAGGUUCGGGCCCUUGGAGUUCUGGAAUUUCCAUCAAUUGAUAAAUAAGCUUUUUCCAUGCAUUGCAUUUAAACAUUGAAUAAAUUAGGUUAGAAGCAUAAACCAUUAUAUAAGCAAAAAAAAAAAUAUGCAUUCCUACGUUCUUUUAAUUACUCAGAAUUUUUAU